GGAAGCGGCUCCUUCGGCCUGGCCAUGUGGACCCCCACCGAGGAGGAGAAAUACGGCGUAGUGAUAUGCAGCUUUCGUGGAUCCGUACCCCAAGGCUUAGUCCUGGAAAUAGGAGAAACUGUUCAGAUUCUGGAAAAAUGUGAAGGUUGGUAUAGAGGCGUUUCAACAAAGAAACCUAAUGUAAAGGGUAUCUUUCCUGCAAACUACAUUCAUUUGAAAAAGGCAAUUGUCAGCAACAGGGGGCAAUAUGAAACUGUUGUCCCACUGGAAGAUUCUAUUGUGACAGAGGUCACAGCAACACUGCAAGAGUGGGCUAGUCUCUGGAAGCAACUCUAUGUGAAACACAAAGUAGAUCUUUUCUACAAAUUACGUCAUGUAAUGAAUGAACUUAUUGACCUUCGGAGACAGCUGCUCUCAGGUCACCUUACUCAGGAUCAGGUGCGAGAGGUCAAGAGACACAUCACAGUACGCCUGGACUGGGGGAAUGAGCAUUUGGGCCUGGACCUAGUUCCUCGAAAGGACUUUGAAGUGGUGGAUUCUGAUCAGAUUAGUGUCUCCGAUCUCUAUAAAAUGCACUUAUCUAGCCGGCACAGUGUGCAGCAAAGUACAUCCCAGGUGGAUACCAUUCGUCCACGUCAUGGAGAAGCCUGCAGGAUACCAGUACCACAUCAUUUUUUCCUCAGUCUAAAGAGUUUCACCUACAAUACCAUUGGAGAAGAUACAGAUGUCUUUUUUUCCUUAUAUGACAUGCGAGAGGGCAAGCAGAUCAGUGAGCGGUUUCUGGUGAGACUGAACAAGAAUGGUGGGCCAAGGAACCCAGAGAAGAUAGAUCGAAUGUGUGCCCUUUUUACAGACCUGAGCAGCAAAGAUAUGAAGAGAGAUUUAUACAUAGUUGCCCAUGUGAUCCGAAUAGGUCGUAUGUUGCUGAACGAUUCUAAGAAAGGUCCUGCCCACUUACACUACCGACGCCCUUACGGCUGCGCGGUCUUAAGCAUUGUGGAUGUUCUUCAGUCACUUUCUGAAUUAAAGGAAGAAAAAGAUUUCGUUCUUAAAGUUUACACAUGCAACAAUGAAAAUGAAUGGUACCAGGUGCAUGAAAAUAUCAUCCGAAAGUCUAGCACAAAGUACACUGCCCCCAGCUCCAACUACGGUCUUAUAAUUUCUUUGCAGCUUCUUCGAGGGGACAUGGACCAGAUUCGGAGGGAAAACCCUAUGAUCUUUAACAGAGGCUUGGCAGUUACCAGGAAAUUGGGUUUUCCUGAUGUCAUCAUGCCAGGUGAUAUCCGAAAUGACCUCUACCUAACCCUGGAAAAGGGAGAUUUCGAGAGGGGUGGAAAGAGUGUGCAAAAGAAUAUCGAAGUGACCAUGUAUGUUCUCUAUGCAGAUGGAGAAAUUUUAAAGGACUGCAUCAGCCUUGGCUCAGGAGAGCCCAGCAGGACUUCUUAUCACUCCUUUGUCCUCUACCAUAGUAACAGCCCUCGCUGGGGGGAAAUCAUCAAAUUACCCAUCCCUAUAGACAGGUUCCGGGGCUCCCACCUGCGCUUUGAAUUCAGGCAUUGUUCUACAAAAGACAAAGGAGAGAAGAAACUGUUUGGCUUUGCAUUUACUCCUCUGAUGCGAGAUGAUGGUACCACCCUGUCAGAUGACAUCCACGAGCUCUAUGUCUAUAAGUGUGAUGAGAAUAGUACAUUUAAUAACCAUGCACUCUACCUGGGCCUCCCAUGCUGCAAAGAAGACUACAAUGGCUGUCCCAACAUUCCUUCCAGCCUCAUCUUCCAGCGCAGCACCAAAGAGACAUUCUCUAUCUCCACACAGCUCUCUUCCACCAAACUCACUCAAAAUGUGGACCUCCUUGCUUUGCUGAAGUGGAAGGCUUAUCCAGACCGAAUCAUGGAUAUUCUGGGGCGCCUCCGGCAUGUCGGUGGGGAGGAAAUUGUUAAGUUUCUGCAAGACAUCUUGGACACACUAUUUGUGAUUUUGGAUGAUAAUACUGAAAAAUAUGGUCUUUUGGUCUUUCAGUCCCUGGUGUUCAUCAUUAAUCUGCUCCGGGACAGCAAGUAUUUCCAUUUUCGACCUGUGAUGGACACGUACAUCCAGAAGCACUUUGCUGGAGCAUUGGCAUACAAAGAACUGAUCCGUUGUUUAAAGUGGUACAUGGACCGCUCAGCAGAACUCGUUCGACAGGACCAUAUUCAAGAGGCCAUGAGGGCUUUGGAAUACCUUUUUAAGUUCAUUGUCCAGUCUCGGAUACUUUACUCCAGAGCUACAUGUGGAAUGGAAGAGGAACAAUUCCGAUCCAGCAUCCAAGAACUUUUCCAAUCCAUCCGAUUUGUCCUGAGCUUGGAUAGCCGAAGCUCUGAAACACUCCUUUUCACACAGGCUGCUCUACUCAACUCUUUCCCUGCUAUCUUUGAUGAGCUGCUGCAGAUGUUUACCGUGCAGGAGGUCGCAGAGUUUGUGAGAGGGACUCUGGGGAGCAUGCCCAGUACGGUGCACAUCGGACAGUCUAUGGACGUAGUGAAACUUCAGUCUAUCGCCCGCACAGUAGACAGCCGCCUGUUUUCCUUCUCUGAAUCCAGACGCAUCCUUCUCCCUGUGGUCCUUCAUCAUAUCCACUUACACCUAAGGCAACAAAAGGAGCUACUGAUCUGCUCAGGGAUCCUCAGCAGCAUUUUCUCCAUCAUCAAGACCAGUUCAUUGGAAGCAGAUGUAGUGGAGGAGGUUGAAAUGAUGGUGGAGAGCCUCUUGGAUGUGCUCUUACAGACUCUGCUUACUAUCAUGAGUAAAUCACAGUCUCAGGAGGCGGUAAGAGGGCAGCGGUGCCCGCAGUGCACAGCCGAAAUCACUGGGGAGUAUGUGUCCUGCCUCCUGUCUCUGCUCCGUCAGAUGUCAGAUACACAUUUCCAACAUUUACUGGACAACUUUCAGAGCAAGGAUGAGCUAAAGGAGUUCCUGCUCAAGAUCUUCUGUGUAUUUCGGAACCUGAUGAAGAUGAGCGUCUUUCCUCGUGACUGGAUGGUGAUGAGGCUGCUCACAAGCAACAUCAUUGUCACUACUGUCCAGUACCUGUCUUCUGCACUGCACAAGAAUUUCACAGACACAGACUUUGAUUUUAAGGUGUGGAAUUCCUAUUUUAGCCUGGCAGUCCUGUUCAUAAAUCAACCAAGCCUCCAGCUAGAAAUUGUCACUCCAGCCAAGAGGAAGAAGAUUCUAGACAAAUAUGGUGACAUGCGAGUGAUGAUGGCUUAUGAACUAUUCAGCAUGUGGCAGAACUUAGGUGAACAUAAAAUUCACUUUAUUCCGGGAAUGAUUGGUCCUUUUCUGGGUGUUACACUAGUCCCACAGCCAGAGGUUCGUAACAUCAUGAUCCCCAUCUUUCAUGAUAUGAUGGACUGGGAGCAGAGGAAAAAUGGCAACUUCAAACAGGUGGAAGCUGAGUUAAUCGAUAAGCUGGAUAGCUUGGUUUCAGAAGGGAAAGGAGAUGAGAACUACAGGGAGCUCUUCAGCCUGCUAACUCAGCUGUUUGGGCCCUACCCGAGUCUACUAGAGAAAAUUGAACAGGAAACAUGGAGAGAAACGGGACUUUCAUUUGUCACUUCUGUCACACGUCUAAUGGAGCGCCUUCUUGACUACAGGGACUGCAUGAAAGGAGAUGAAACUGAGAAUAAGAAGAUUGGCUGCACAGUUAAUCUGAUGAACUUUUACAAAUCUGAAAUCAACAAAGAGGAAAUGUACAUCCGAUACAUCCACAAACUGUGUGACAUGCAUUUACAGGCAGAAAACUAUACUGAGGCUGCAUUUACUCUGCUUCUGUAUUGUGAGUUGCUCCAGUGGGAGGACCGACCACUUCGGGAAUUUCUGCAUUACCCAUCCCAGACUGAGUGGCAGCGAAAAGAGGGCUUGUGCCGAAAGAUCAUUCACUAUUUCAACAAAGGGAAGAGCUGGGAAUUUGGGAUUCCACUGUGCCGGGAGCUUGCAUGUCAGUAUGAAAGUCUCUAUGAUUACCAGAGCCUUAGCUGGAUCCGGAAAAUGGAAGCAACCUACUAUGAUAACAUCAUGGAGCAGCAACGUCUGGAACCUGAGUUCUUCAGAGUUGGUUUCUAUGGAAGAAAGUUCCCUUUCUUCCUCCGGAAUAAGGAGUAUGUCUGUCGGGGCCAUGACUAUGAGAGGUUGGAAGCCUUUCAACAGAGGAUGCUGAGCGAGUUCCCCCAUGCAAUCGCCAUGCAGCAUCCCAACCAUCCGGAUGACUCCAUCUUGCAAUGUGACGCCCAAUAUUUGCAGAUCUAUGCAGUGACACCCAUUCCAGAUUAUGUGGAUGUCCUUCAGAUGGAUCGAGUACCUGAUCGAAUCAAAAGCUUUUAUCGUGUCAACAAUGUUAAGAAGUUCCGGUAUGACAGACCUUUCCAUAAAGGUCCAAAGGACAAGGACAAUGAAUUCAAGAGUCUGUGGAUUGAGCGUACCACUCUGACCUUGACCCACAGCUUACCUGGAAUCUCUCGAUGGUUUGAAGUGGAGAGAAGAGAGCUGGUUGAAGUGAGCCCUUUGGAAAAUGCCAUACAGGUGGUUGAGAACAAGAACCAGGAGCUUCGGACGCUGAUCAGCCAGUAUCAGCACAAGCAAAUGCAUGGUAAUAUUAACCUGCUCAGCAUGUGCCUCAAUGGAGUCAUAGAUGCUGCUGUGAACGGUGGCAUCGCCCGAUACCAGGAGGCUUUCUUCGAUAAGGAUUAUAUUACCAAGCACCCAGGGGAUGCAGAGAAAAUCACACAACUCAAGGAGCUCAUGCAGGAACAGGUCCAUGUCCUGGGAGUGGGCCUAGCAGUUCAUGAGAAAUUUGUUCAUCCAGAAAUGCGCCCUUUACAUAAGAAGCUAAUUGAUCAAUUCCAGAUGAUGCGGGCCAGUCUCUACCAUGAGUUUCCUGGUUUGGAUAAGCUGAGUCCAGCAUGUUCUGGCACUAACACGACCCGAGGGACUGUUCUGGUGUCCCAUAGUCCAAUGAGCCCAGAAACCAUCAAGAUGGUGCAUCGUCACAGCCCAAUGAACUUGAUGGGAUCAGGCCGUCAUUCAUCAUCCUCUCUCUCCUCUCAUGCAUCCAGUGAAACGGGGAACAUGGUGAUCCUGCCUGAUGGCUCGAUGGGAGAGGUUCCUGAGGACAUGUACCAUCACAUGCAGCUCACUUAUCCCAACACCAGGUACCAGGGCUCAAUCACCAAUGUCUCUGUUUUAUCCUCAUCCCAAGCCAGCCCUUCUUCCUCCAGCUUGAGCUCUACCCACUCAGCCCCAUCCCAGAUGAUGAAUUCUGCCCCACCCAGUGCCCGAGGCUCUCCCUCUCUGCCAGAUAAGUACCGACACUCUCGGGAGCUGAUGAUGCUGCUGCCCGCUCACCGGGACCGCCCAAGCAGUGCCAUGUAUCCAGCAGCAGUCAUGGACCAUGGACAGCCUCCAAAUUUCCAGCGUGCUUUGUUCCAGCAAAUGAUCGGACCCUGUAAGCCCUGCAGUGACCCUAAUCUAUCUGUUGCUGAAAAAGGACACUAUUCUCUCCACUUUGAUGCUUUCCAUCACCCCCUCGGCGACGCCCCUCCGGCCCUUCCUGCUCGGACGCUGCGCAAGUCUCCUCUCCAUCCCAUCCCCGCAUCACCCACAAGUCCCCAGUCUGGCCUGGAUGGAAGCAAUUCAACCCUGUCCGGCAGUGCCAGCAGCGGAGUGUCCUCCUUGAGUGAGAGUAACUUUGGGCAUUCUUCAGAGGUCCCGCCCCGCACAGACACCAUGGACUCUGUCCCUAGCCAGGCAUGGAACACUGAUGAAGACUUAGAGACCCCCUACCUUCCUGUCCGGUACAGUCUUUCAGAGCCUGAUGUCUUGGAGUCAGUCAAAUCCCAGCCGUGCCGAAGCCACUCUGCUCCAAGUGGAGUGAUCCCUCAGGACCCUAUGGACCCUCCUCCGGCUUUACCCCCCAAACCAUACCAUUCACGACACCCACCCCUGGAGCAUGAGGAGGGGAUGAUGAUGAUGGAAGAGGAAGACAAACACCGGCCCCUGCAUCGAAAAGUCUCUCUGCCACCAGGAAGUAUCAAGGAAGAGCAAGCCAGGGUCGCCUGGGAGCAUGGCAUCAGCGAGCAGUAGACAAGAGGGAGACUGUGAGCAAAGGAACUUGUAUAAUUACUCCAGGUCGAACAAGCAAGUCGCCCACAGGGGAACUAGAAAGGUGUGGGACUCAGAGGAGAGAGAAACCAAUUCUUUACAUUCUACUGCAGUGAACUCCCGUUUCGACCGUGUACAGAGAUGGUGCCAGCAUGCAAUGUUGCUGCUUUUAUUUUUAGUUUAUUUUCUACUCUUCAAUUUUUUAUUGGAGCUUUCUUUUCCUUUUUCUCUCUGUGCAGUGGAUGCUUUCUUCCUUCUGCAGUUACCAGCCCACACAAACAUGUGUGGAUGUAACCUUUAGCCGUAGAGACUUAAACAAACAGAAGCCACAUUGGAGUAUCUCAGUACCAGAAGGGGAGCAGAAACAUCCUCUUCCAUGAACUGGCCCCUCCAGGUUUGGAAACGCACAGUAGGAGUUGCACUAGGGAUCUUUUUCUUUGCUGUAUAGAUGCAAAAGCUCGUGGUUACUUUCAGGGAUUGUGUAGAGUGCACACGGCAGACUUAGAGGUGGUCUGUGGACAGGAGAAAAGGGGCUACUACAAAAGAAAAAAAAUCAGCUCUUCCAGGAACGUUUGCAUCUGUGGCUUCCCGGGCCUAAUAUACACUGGCCCGGCUAUGCUGAUCUGACUUCUACAUCUUAGCCAUACUGCUGGCCUUCCACAGGGGUUGCUGAAGGCCCCAUGGUUCCAACUCACUUCCCUGCUGCCUCCUCUAGAUUUCUCUCCAUUAGUUUAAGCUCUGAACAUUUGCUCCUUUUUAAUGCCCCUACCCCACCUCCCUCAUCCUAGGAGGCAGGGCCUCUCCCCAAUUUGGCUGCAGGGCCAGCAAGGAUUGGGUAGUUCCCAAGGUCCCAACCCCAUCCCCUGGAGCCUUCUUCCAGCUCAGUUUUGGGCAGUUGUCAACACCAUUGCUUAGAGUCUAGUUAUCAGAGAGUAGGGCUGUGUAAUACACCAAGUAAGAAAGAUUUCUCAUACCACCUUCCUCAGAGGAGAAAGCCCAGCUUCUGCCCAUAGCCCUUGGGUAGGUUCUUUCCUGGGCACAGAAAGCUGUUCAUUCUGAUUGGCUGACAUCAACCAGGUCCUUCCACCACUGGUAAGUCCUACUGGUGUAAGAGAGGGGCCAUUAGGUCUCAGCAGCUCGGAAAUCCUUUGAUCUUUCAGAAGCGAUUGGAAUGUAGUCCAUUCUCCAAGAGUCAGGGAUUUUCAACACUACCUCUGUUGUGAAAGAGACUGGUAGCCCAGCAGGGCUGCUGGAGCAGGCUUAAGGAAACUCAGGCUCAGUUGGCUACUGGGUGGGAUGGAUUAGGAAGUACAUUUUUUUUGUCUUCUUUAGAAACUUAUCCCCAUGCAAAUGAAAUUACCUUCUUCGUUAAUGGUGUCCCCAGGACUAGAGGGGGCAGGGGGAGUAGGGUGAGGUGGUAUCCUAUUACUAAGGAGCCCAAGCCACAUAACACUGUUGCCUUCUGCCACUGGUGUAUGGUGAUGUUUCAACACAGUGUUCAACAAAGGGUUGCCAGGAGUAAGCCCCAAGAACAGUUUUUCCAUGGCUUCACCAGCCUAAGAAAGGUUGUCAGAGCUCUCUACAGCCCUAGUGGACAACAGUGUCUUUAUAUGAAACUCUAAUCAGGUCAGGAUACUGGUUUUCCUUUUGGUUUAAUAUUUGGGGAAAUGGGGUGGACGGUAUAACAGUAUUUUAUCAGGGUGCUUCUAAGUUACUUUUAAAAAAUAACGAUGUCAAUGAACAAAACUUUUUUUUAAAUGUUUCUUUCAUUUGCUGGAGUUAACAUUAGUGUGAGUCAAAGUGUUUGCUCAUUGCAAAGCCUCCUGUGUCACUGGAGUUCAAAUCUAUUUCCCACCCUGUUUUUCUUCUCCUGACUUUUCUGGACUCUGACCGGGUGGUCUGCCAGCAUUUUUGGUGCCUGGUUUUUAAACCCUAAUCCCUUCCCCUUUCAAAGCAGAAAAGACAGUUGAUGUAACUUGUCUUUUUGCAAGUGAGCACCCAUAUUCAUAGCAAGAAUGCCAUUCCCCUCUGACCACCUCCCUCCCAUGAACAGGAAAAGGGAUUUAUAAAAUCUGCUUUCAUUGGUGGCUGCUGUGCAGGUAUUUUGCACUAGUUAGGGAAUUUCUAAAAGAAUACCCUUAUAGUGUCAUUAAUCAACAGGGCUGAGUAAGGAGCAGAAAAAAAGGUUUCUUCUCAUUGUAUUAGUGACUGAAAAUGGAGGUCAGCCCUACUUCUCAGGGAAUUAGAGGUGGAGACAAAGGUUGCUGUGACCGAGCCUUUGUUUCAUUGGCAGACUGGGGUUCCUGAGACAGUGUUUACCAGGGCUUGGUGGAUUCCGGGGCUGAAUGUUCAUUUUGAUCCUCGGGUGGAGGAAAAAUGACUGGUCUCAGAGGACUCUGAAUCUGAAGCCAGUCACCAAAGGCACGAGUGUCUCCUGGUUCUUCUAUCUGUUCCAUGUAUUUAAGGAGGGUAUAAUGGGUCUGGUUAGUCUUGCUCUGUGUAGUAUGAUCAGAUGAUUGAUUAAUUGUUUUCCUUUCCCUAUAUUUCCUGGAUAUAACUGGGUAAAAAGGACCCAUCCCCAAACCACUUCCUGUCAGCAAACCAACCAAGGUUGAGGGGGGAGGGAAAGCUGUGGAAAACAGAGGUGAGAUUCCUUUGAAAAGAUUAUAUGAUCUCUUGAUUUUCAUUUUGUCAGGCAUCUUUGUAUAUAUUUCAUUUGAAUGCUAUGUAUUUGUACAGGAAUUUGAGCAAAAAAUGUAUAGAUUGUGAUGUCUCACAGGUACUCUGCCCUGUAAAUGUGUUUUUAAUCUCUGGCAUUCUGUGCUUAUUUAAAAUGAGAAAACCUCUAACCACUUCUUUUGUGUAGUCAUGUUUUAAAAAAAAAA